AUGACUUCUAGACUUGAUCGAUUAGUUACUAUCCUCGAGACAGGGAGCACCCGGCUCAUUCGGGACACUGCAGUCAACCAGCUCGCUGACUGGCAAAAGCAACACCCCGAUGAGCUUUUUAAUCUCUUGUCGCGGGUAAUUCCGUAUCUUCGCUACAAAGACUGGGAGACGAGGACGACAGCGGCCAAGGCUAUCGGUAAGAUUAUAGAGAAUGCCCCGCUCUAUGAUCCCAACUCAGGAGACGUUGCAAGUGAACCCAAAAAGGAAGAGAGCUCAUCUGAAAAUGGUGCAAUCAAGAAGGAGGAAGAUAACAAAGCUUUAUCGGUUCUUUCCGACGAUGAAGUCUUUAGGCUUGAGACGCUUGAUGUGGACACAAUUUUGAAAUUCGGCCGGCCGCUUCUACGUGGCGGUGGCAUAGAGUAUAAUCUUGCUUCCCUUGAUCCCCAGGCCCGUUUAGAGUACCAGAAGAAGACACUCUUGGGUCGACUUGGUUUGCUGGGGAGAAAGUUCGAAGAUGAAGACAUUAUUGUAGGGGACGGGGUGCCCAAAACACCCCUUGAUACCUCCAAUGGCAAUAGCCUGACUAAAGGCGAGGGAACGCAAUCCCAGAGUCAGGCCGCAGAAGAGUCCCAGCUUAGUUCAAGGCAACUGAACGUGCUGAAGCGGAAACGGAAGAAGGAGGCAAUGAAAGCACAAGGCAAAGGCGGCUUCGGAGAUCUCUCUCUGCGACGCACGACAACUGCUGGAUCUGAAGGAUUUGGAGACGACACCCCGACGGGAGAACACGAAUCAAAGAAGAAUGGGAAGAUGAACGAUUACUUCAAUCUCGAACGCCCAGCCGAUCUCGACGAAGAGGCCAAAGUUGUUAGCGAAUUCAAAGGAUCCGUGAUGCAAAUCAAAUCUGAACUCGAGGCCGAGGAGUCCAUGGAGGGCGCUGAGUGGCCGUAUGAGCGGCUCUGCGAAUUUCUCAAGAUCGACCUUUUCGAUUCCUCAUGGGAAACGCGACACGGAGCUGCCAUGGCACUGCGCGAGGUUCUUCGAGUCCACGGUGGCGGGGCUGGCAGGGUUCGGGGAAAGUCAGCCGAAGACAAUAACGACCUGAAUCGUGGAUGGCUUAAUGAUGUUGCCUGCAGGCUUUGCUGCGUUUUGAUGCUGGACCGGUUUACCGACUACAGUUCUGACACAUCAGUUGCCCCCAUCAGGGAAACAAUUGGACAGACCCUUGGUGCUGUGCUCAAACAUGUGCCUUCCGAAUCGGUUUACGACAUCUACCGUAUUCUCUACCGAAUGGUAAUGCAUGAAGAUCUUAAACUGGACUCUCCCAUCUGGGCUGUUUGCCAUGGCGGCAUGAUUGGCCUUAGAUAUGUUGUUGCUGUCAGGAAAGACCUGCUCCUUCAAGACGGGGAUAUGAUUGACGGUGUUAUCAGGGCCGUCAUGAAGGGCCUAGGCGAUAAUGAUGACGAUGUUCGCUCAGUCAGUGCCGCCACUCUGAUACCUAUGGCUCAAGAGUUUGUCACGAUGCGGCCAGCAGCUCUCGAUGGUCUGACUAAUAUUGUGUGGGAGAGCCUGUCUAACUUGGGCGACGAUUUGAGCGCCAGCACGGGCCGGAUUAUGGAUCUUCUUGCUACUCUUUGCGGCUUCCCUCAAGUUCUCGAAUCGAUGAAGUCUUCUGCUGCUCAAGAUGAAGAGCGGUCUUUUACGUUACUGGUUCCGCGCCUCUAUCCAUUUUUGCGUCACACAAUCACCUCUGUUCGGCUUGCUGUACUGAAAGCUCUUCUAACUUUUGCGAACCUUGGCGAUGAUACAUCACAGGGCUGGCUCAACGGGAGAAUUCUCCGUCUCAUCUUCCAGAAUAUCCUUGUUGAGAGAGACAAGGAAACCCUUGACAUGUCCCUACAGCUCUGGGGUGCUCUCGUCCGCACAUUAGCAAAGAAUCCUGCCAUCCUUGCCGACGAAUUUGCUCCUCACAUUGACAACUUGAUGCAGUUGACGCUGCAUCCCAUUGGCGUAUCACGGCAUCCGAUUCCUAUGCAUGCCGGUCUAUUCCAGAAGCCCUCUGGUGGUACCUAUUCUGCGUCAGGCCCGAUGCAACCUAGUGGGAGGCGGCUUUCCUCGCCUGAUGGCCUUGAUCGACCAGUAAAACGUCGCCGUAAAUCCACCAGGGUCGAAGAGCCCACCCCUGCCGGCCUUACACAUGAUGUAGACGGCCAUAUGAUGCAAGGCGACAUUGAUCUCGUUGGUCUAGAUGUGCUGAUUCGAUCAAGAGUCUCGGCUGCUCAGGCGAUGGGCCUCGUCAUGUCCCUGGUCCCUUCAGGGAACCUUGAUGAUUACGAUGCCCUGCUUAUACCAGGCCUUACUUCCGCCUUCUCCUCCACACAGCUGACUGCCUGUCUUGUCAUUGACGAAUUUGCGAGAAAUUGCCAAACAGCCGAAGAUCCUGGCCGCUACUUGGAUCAUUUGCAGCGGAUCAUGGAAUCAGAUCGCCCUUCGGCCUACAGAGAUUUGGUGACCUUUGUGCAGAGAGCAAGGACCCUUUGCCAGCAACUGCUUCAUCUAUUCCGUGACCAUGGAAAAGUCUCUCAUAGCAAGCUGCCUACUCUCCCUGUCGUGGUUCAAGGCGAAGCUGAAGCUGGUCCUAGCGCCUUUUCCAUUACGACCGCGGAAAAAUGCGUGGGCGAAGAUUUCGAGAGGCUCAAGAAGCUUAUGCCUCCUGGCCAACGGCUGAUUGCUGGUCAGCAGCUAGCUGACGCUCGCGACAACACAGUAUCAGCUAUAGAAGAAGCCAAGGCGUUCAAGGGGGCUCGCGACAUUAGAAUCAAGGCUGGCGCAGCUUGCGCCAUGGUCGCCAUGAAGCUGUUGCCGAAGAAGCCCAGCCCCCUCAUCAAAGGAAUCAUGGAUUCCAUCAAGACCGAAGAGAAUCACCAGCUCCAGAGCCGCUCAUCGGAAGCCAUCGCAAAACUUGUUCAACUCUUCGCAGAAAAGGGAAGGCGUGGUCCCGCGGACAAGGUUGUCGCCAAUUUGGUCAAAUUUUCUUGCGUGGAAGUCGCUGAAACCCCAGAGUUCCCCGUUCAUGCCGCUAAAACUAGCUGUAUUCUCUCCAUGCAGAAGGAAGAGGACCGCGUUGAUCAUCCAGAUGCCGCCAAGUGGGCGAGGGAAGCCAAGGCUGCGAGGAUCACGCGCAGAGGUGCAAAGGAAGCCUUGGAGAUACUGUCAAAGACGUACGGCGCAACCUUGUUCGACUCUGUACCAAGUCUGAAGGGCUUUAUGAAAGAUGCACUAGUCAAGGCCUUCACAGCAGACUUGCCUCCGGAAGCUCGGGAUCCUGAGCUGGCAUUCGGUCAGGAGAUUGUCGAUGCAAUGUCAGUCAUUCGGACCAUGACGCCCACACUGGACAAGAGCCUUCACCCAUUCGUUAUGGAGAUGAUGCCGCUUGUUAUUAAAGCCUUGCAUUCUGAUCUGUCGGUUUUCCGCUACAUGGCCGCCAAAUGUCUGGCUACGAUAUGUAGUGUUAUUACUGUUGACGGAAUGACAGCGUUGGUGGAAAAGGUCCUGCCGUCAAUCAGCAACCCUCUUGACCUCAAUUUCCGUCAAGGCGUAAUUGAAGCCAUCUACCAUCUGAUUGCCGUCAUGGGCGACGCGAUACUCCCUUAUGUCAUAUUCUUGAUUGUACCCGUUCUUGGCCGAAUGAGUGAUUCCGACAACGAAAUUCGCCUCAUUGCUACCACGUCUUUCGCCACACUAGUCAAACUAGUGCCCCUCGAGGCAGGAAUUCCCGAUCCGCCUGGCCUGUCCGAAGAGCUCCUAAAAGGUCGAGACCGAGAGCGAACAUUUAUUGCCCAGCUUCUUGACCCCAAGAAAGUCGAACCGUUCCAGAUCCCUGUGGCCAUCAAGGCAGAACUUCGCUCAUACCAACAAGAUGGUGUUAACUGGCUCAACUUUCUCAACAAAUAUCACCUCCAUGGCAUUCUUUGCGAUGAUAUGGGCCUCGGAAAGACUCUACAGACCAUUUGUAUCGUGGCCAGUGAUCAUCAUCAGCGUCAAGAAGAGUUUGCAAAAACGCAAGCCCCUGAUGUAAGGCGGCUGCCGUCUCUGAUUGUAUGCCCUCCUACACUAUCCGGCCACUGGCAACAGGAGAUCAAGACGUAUGCUCCCUUCCUCAGCGUUACUGCGUAUGUUGGGCCUCCGAUAGAGCGCAAAGCCAUGAAAGAUAGACUUGGCGACACUGAUAUCGUUAUCACAUCAUACGAUGUUACUAGAAAUGACUCUGAAAUUCUGGAGAAACACAGCUGGAAUUAUGUUGUCCUGGAUGAGGGUCACUUAAUCAAGAACCCUAAAGCCAAAAUCACUCAGGCCGUGAAGAGGCUGGCUAGUAACCACCGACUUAUCCUUACGGGCACACCGAUUCAAAAUAACGUCUUGGAACUCUGGUCUUUGUUUGAUUUUCUUAUGCCGGGAUUCCUCGGAGCCGAAAAAGUGUUUUUGGAUCGAUUCGCGAAGCCUAUUGCGGCAAGUCGAUACAGCAAAGCGUCUUCCAAGGAGCAAGAAGCUGGCGCAUUGGCUAUUGAGGCUCUGCACAAACAAGUGCUUCCCUUCUUGCUCCGUCGCCUCAAGGAAGAAGUGUUGAACGACCUACCCCCCAAGAUUCUACAAAACUACUACUGCGAUCUCAGCGAUCUACAAAAGAAGUUAUUUGAGGACUUUACCAAGAAACAGGGCAAGAAGAUCCAAGCGGAGGCUGGCCGAGAGGAUAAAGAAGCCAAACAGCACAUCUUCCAAGCUCUGCAAUAUAUGCGAAAGCUGUGCAACUCUCCUGCCAUGGUUAUGAAACCAGGAAGCGAUCUCUAUGCCGAGACACAAAAAAUUCUUCAGAAGCAGGGAACAUCCAUCGAGGAUGCUCAUCAUGCGCCGAAGCUCACGGCUCUUAAAGAUCUCUUGAUUGAUUGUGGCAUUGGCGACGAUAGAGAUGAUGCCAACGACCCGCUAUACCAGCCCAUCAAACCUCAUCGUGCUCUCAUUUUCUGUCAAAUGAAGGAAAUGUUAGACAUGGUCCAGACCAAGGUGCUUAAAGAAAUGCUACCCUCGGUAUCCUAUCUGAGACUUGAUGGAUCGGUCGAGGCGAACAAGAGACAAGACAUUGUCAACAAGUUCAACAGCGACCCUUCGUACGAUGUGCUCUUGUUGACCACUAGUGUGGGCGGUCUCGGGCUGAAUCUUACAGGUGCAGACACAGUCAUAUUCGUGGAGCACGACUGGAAUCCUCAGAAAGAUUUGCAAGCCAUGGACCGCGCUCACCGAAUCGGCCAAAAGAAGGUGGUCAACGUCUAUCGUCUCAUUACUCGUGGCACAUUGGAGGAGAAGAUCCUCAGUCUCCAGCGUUUCAAGAUUGAUGUGGCAUCUACAGUUGUCAACCAGCAGAAUGCCGGCCUGGCGACGAUGGACACGGAUCAGAUUCUUGAUUUGUUUAAUCUGGGCGACACGGGACCGAGUCUCAUAACCGAUAAGCCGCAGAAUGGCAUCGAUGGAAGGGAGGAGGAUAUGGUUGAUAUCGAAACUGGUGACGUAUUACGGCAGCCGGGCAAAAAGGCGUGGCUGGAUGAUUUAGGAGAGUUGUGGGAUAACAAGCAGUAUGAAGAGAGUUUCGACUUGGACGAUUUCAUGAAGACCAUGGCGUGA